AGAAAAUACAUUUUGUAAAGACAAAUUGAUUACUGCUUGAUUUUUUUAAGUCUCAAUUCAAUUUUGAGUUAGGGUAUAUGCUGUUUUAUUAUUUCAAAAGAAUAUAUAAAACAUGUGUUACACAAAUGUCAUGUAAACACAUCCAAAGAUUAGCUAAUUUGUAUUUCCCGCGUUGCUCCGAGUGUUUGGCUGUUCUUUGUGGUUAGAGAUGGAUACCUUUGAAGAACAAAUUUUAGAUUUAACAGAAGAAUUAAAGUUUCAAUUAACUUGUAAUACUUGUUACGAUGUUUCCAAGACUUUUGUUUUACCAUGUAACCAUAGUUUCUGUGAAAAUUGUCUGAAUAAAAUGAAAUAUUGUUGUUCGGAAUGUAAGCAGCCCUUUUCAGCACAAGAUGCUGAAGAAGACUCAUUCUCAAAUGGAGUUUUAGAGCACUUAGAAGCCAUAAAAGGAAUACUUUCUGAAUGUAGUGAUACUGUUAAUGAAAGUCAAUGGAAGAAAAUAAAACUACCUUGUGAGCUUUCUGGAUAUAAAUUGGUGUUGAGAUUUGAAAUUAAAAAAAACCACAAAGGUGAAACUCCUUUGCAUAUUGCAUGCAAGAAAAAUAAUGUGGAAUAUGUCUCUAGAAUUAUUAAUAAUGGAGUAGACAUUAAUACAAAAGACUAUGCUGGAUGGACACCAUUGCAUGAAGCUGUAGUAGGCAAGAGUAUUCAAUGUGCUAACUCUUUACUAGAAGCCGGAGCUUUGCCGAGUGUCCCAGGAGAAUGGUAUAUUACACCACUUCAUAAAGCAGUUUCUAUAAAUAAUAAAGAAAUGAUUGAAUUAUUAUUACUUCAUGGUGCAGAUCCUCAAGCUGUGGAUUAUUCUGGAAAGACACCUAUUGAUUGGUGUACUUCAAAAGAAACUGUUUCUAUCCUGGAAAAUAGGACACAAAAGUUAACUAUCCCCCGCCGUUUGUAUUUGUAUCCGUGGCCGCAAGUUUUUCUGGAUAAACGUAUAGAUAACAAAUUUUCUGAAACAUUAGAUGUCCAUUAUAAAGAUUUAGAUGCACUCAAGAAAGGUCAAAUAACACACUACGUUAUAACGAAUAGGGAAUCAGAGGACCCUAAAAUAAACCUGUUUCAUUUGGCAUUAGCAAUAGUGCAAGGAGCCAGUGUAGUUACAGAAAAAUGGUUGACCGAUUUUCUUCUUACCCAGAACGAUUACCUGGGAUUUGGAUAUAUUGUGAAAGAGAGAGAAGAUACCAUUAAAAGGUCAGUAAUUAAUAGAAUAAAAUGUAACCCAAAAUUGUUUGAUGGCAUAAACUUCUCCUUUGGUGUUUCUAAUAAAUCUCAUAAAAUUAUGAAUAUAAAUUUUUCGAAAGAUGAUUUAAUUGCUUUAGCAACUAUUGGUGGAGGUAAAAUAUUAACUCGUGAACCCGCACUUAGAACUGUAGAAAAUCAGUUCAAUUAUCCAUUUCACGUUAAUAAAAGUUCGGAGUUCGCAGGCUGUUGUAACUUCAUUAUUUAUGAUGAGAGUAGCCCUCCACAAUUGUUGUACAAUAUGAAAGAACUGAAACACAAGUCUUCUACUUGGUUAAUAGAGUGUAUAAUGAGUUUCUCAAUAGUUUCAUAAGUUUUAUUCCUUUUAAUAUUUCAUGAUAUAUACUUUAUUCGUCUAUUUUGUGAUAUACUAUCCAUUGAAGAAAUUUUAGAGAUUUAGAUUCGUUGGUUUUUAUUUAUUUUUCUUAUUUUCUUUGAUUAUGAACUUAGUGGUUUAAUUCUCUAUUUGUUUUACGAAGACUUUGCUAAUUAUAAGUGUAACUGCUCUUACAUUACUACGUCACUAUUGAUGAAUUCACAUUUUAGUUUUUAACAGCUUUAUAAGAGUCUUUUUAAUUUAAAUAAAACCCGUGUACAAACUUU